GAGGCUCCUCUCACCGCAUUCACGCCCAACUCUGCGGUGGCAGUUGCUACAGCACAACAAGUAGCAGCCUAUGCAACUGUAGCAGUUAGCAACGACGAAGUGGGUGCAAUGUUGGAAAAACUUGCGGCGGAAGUUGAAGUCCUAAUGAACGCUAUAGCAUCUGCGGUACCUCCAGCGCAGCACACUCUUCUUCAUAGUCUUCUGGAAUCGAUAAUACUCACGAGAAGAUCAAGAGAUGCCAAUGCAGCUAUGACAUUAUUGAAGAAAGCUGUCGAAGGUUUGCUAGAUGGGCCCAUCAUUAACAGCGGCGUCAUCGACUCUGAUAAUCUAAUACAACGCUACAGAGAAUUGCACUUACGAAUUUUGAAGACACUUCAAGAUCCACGUGCGUACGGUAUGCAAUGGACCAACAAGCACGUGACUCGUUGUUUGAUC